UUCCAGGCCCUUGUGACCCAGAGGAUCUGCUGGAUGGUGUGAUUUUUGGGGCAAAGUACCUGGGCUCCACGCAGCUGGUCUCAGAGAGGAACCCCCCGACCAGCGUCCGCAUGGCACAGGCCCAGGAGGCGGUGGACAGGAUCAAGGCACCGGAGGGGGAGUCCCAGCCCAUGACGGAGGUGGAUCUCUUUGUCUCCACACAGAGGAUCAAGGUGCUCUCAGCUGACACACAGGAGGCCAUGAUGGACCAUUCCCUCCAGACCAUCUCCUACAUUGCCGACAUUGGCUCCCUUGUGGUGCUCAUGGCACGCCGGAAACUGCCUCAGCGGUCGGAGGUGGCGGAGGAAAAGCGGCUCUACAAGAUGAUCUGCCACGUCUUCCACUCGGCCGAUGCCCAGAUCAUCGCUCAGGCUAUCGGGCAGGCAUUUGGCGUGGCCUACCAGCGCUUCCUGGAGGCCAACAGCAUCGACCCGAGCGAGCUGAGCCCUCGCCAGUACAGCCGUGCCCUCGAGGACCAGGAGCAAUACAAUGCGGAGCUGACCCACUUCUCCCGGCAGGAGAACUGCAAGGACGUUUGCAUUCGGAAGCAGAAGGGGGAUAUCCUGGGCAUCGCCAUCGUGGAGUCAGGCUGGGGCUCCAUCCUGCCCACAGUGGUCAUCGCCAACCUGAUGCACGGGGGCCCCGCGGAGAGGUCGGGCGAGCUGAGCAUCGGGGACCGCCUCAUGUCGGUCAACGGGACGAGCCUGGUGGGGCUGCCCCUCGCCACCUGCCAGGGCAUCAUCCGGGAGCUGAAGCACCAGACAGAGGUGACACUGAACAUUGUGCACUGUUCUCCUGUCACCACGGCUGUCAUCCGGCGCCCCGACUCCAAGUACCAGCUGGGCUUCUGUGUUGAGAACGGCGUGAUCUGCAGCCUGAUGCGUGGGGGCAUCGCAGAGAGAGGUGGCAUUCGUGUGGGACACCGCAUCAUCGAGAUCAAUGGGCAGAGCGUGGUGGCAACGCCCCACGAGAAGAUCAUCCAGAUCCUCACGCAGGCAGUCAGCGAGGUCCACAUCAAGACCAUGCCGGCCUCCACAUACCGCUUGCUGACUGGGCAGGAGCAGCCUGUCUUCCUCUGA